CGCUCUGUGGGCAUGGAAUACAGUGGCCAAGGUUCGUCCGAAGCAUCAACAUCGCAUCAGCCGAUCGCUGUGACUACGAGCAAAAGUCAGCGUUCGAAGCGGGGCUGGUGGUGGAAAAAGUUCCUGCCCACCAAAUGGAGGCGCCACCCACGGCGGCCAUCACACAACAUCGAUGUGGGCGACGGACUACGGGGGCUCCUUGAACGACGGGCCUCUCUACCCGACGCAUCGCAACUUUCGAGCAUCACCAAGCCUACAAAAGUGAGCAGGUCCAUCACCGUCGCGGAUAGCGGAGCAAGUGCGAAGGACAAAUGUGCGUCACUCGGCGACGGCAAUAAGACCUUGUGGACACGUCUCUUUCGGUUACGCAAAGGCAAGAAACACGGGGGCCAUCAAAAAUCUGGCCAGAGGACCGCUUCCGUGAGCGAAGCAGCAGAAAUGACGAAGGAGGAAGGAAGCGGUCUGAGCUGCUUUUCGCAGCUGAACGUCGUCGAGCCUGCAAAGACGAAUGGAACGGAGCGCCCGCUGCAAUGGCAGCAUCGGCCUAACUUUUCUGACGUCACCAUCGCCGAAGAAUUGCCGGCUGAAGAGGAGGAGAGUUUUAAUUUACACAAAUCUCUCAACGCCGGUACCUCCUUAAGCUUGGAACCGUCAAUAUCGCCAGCAGAAUUCGACCUGCCCUGUCAGCUCUUUGGGGAACACAGUGCUGAAGAUAAUGAUAAGACUGUGAUAAGGAAAUCUGGAAACGUUGACUGCCUGGAUCAGGGUACGGAGCCUGGAGAUUUUAAGGAAACAGGAAAUUUUCUUCUGGAGGACCAGUGCGUCGAGGAAAUUCACGAAUCUUCAGAUAUCAGCGUGAUGAAGGAAACAACCCGGAGCGUGAGGGAUGAAAUAAUUGUGUUACAAAACGAGCGCCCGGCUGUAAUGUCCACCGGUGGCUACAUCAAGCAAGAGCGUAUAAGCUUCAAUGACGGCAACACAACUGCUGCACUGCUAGCCUCACCACCGUCUGAGGAUGCAGACAGCACGACCAGAGAGCACCACGGUGACAAGAAAGAGCCCGAAACGAACAAGUCAGAGGAUUCAAAUGGAAGCUUCCACGAUAACAUCCAGUGUUUGAACGCGGUCACUAUUGAGCCUUUGCGGAUACAACGAGCAGCACAGCAGCCUUGUAUCAACAAUGAAGAUCCGUGCUUUACGUUGGCAUUGACGCCGCUCAACAAAACCCCACCCGUUGCUUCGCCCUCCAAGAAAUGCUCUGAGACAUCCAUGGCUGCCAGUCCUACACGCAUUACUGAAGAAUUCUUUCGUAAAACGCUGCCAAAGAAAAAAUGCACCUUAGAGACUGACGUCUUGACACCGGUAUCAGAAGAGACAGCUUGUGCAUCGGUGAGAGAUGGUUCUGCUCACAUUAUUCUGUCUAUGAUUCGUGAAGUAAAAGAAAACGCCGAGAAUUCACCUACAGAUAUGCAAGUAAAGAGCCCCAUGAAAGCCAAAGAAGCCCGAAUGAAAAAAUACUCGGAACUGCUCUCGUGCUCUGGUGGGCUGGACCUCAAUGAGUCGCAGCAACCGGCUGUCUUACAGCCAUGCUUCGCGCGAGCUGCCGAAGCUUGCAUCGAGGAAUUACCCGACUCAAAUGGCCAGCACCAGCACCAAAUAAUAAAUGAGAAGACGCUAUGCUUCACUGAAAAUAAGGUCCAGAAGACAGCAUCGUCGACAAUCGUAGAGGAAUUCGCGAUGGUGAGCGAUACUGCCACGGCAAUCGCCGAGUCUUCUACGCAGCUGGUCUCGAUUCACUCUGCCGCAAUCGAAGGGGCCUCUGAUGUCAACAGCAAUGAUCUCGUCUGUUUCUCUACCAAUAUAAACAAAAGUGCGGCUGCAGUGACGCCAUCGAGCUCUCUGGGAGCCGGUGCAGGUGCACGCCCUAAAAGCAGAACAGCUCAGAUCAGGUCCAAAAGUAAGGCAUACUUGGAGACCCAGCUUCUCAGUACCCACUGCGAGCCAAGAACCAGGGACGCCAUCAACAAACAUCAUAGCAUUAAACGAGACUCCGUCAAAUAUACGCACAAAGCAUGGCAGCAAGACGUAGAGAAAAGUCGCGAAUCGCUACUGCUGCAGUUCAAGGAGGAGGAGCAGAAGGAAAAUUUUGAAACAGUGCUCCAACAUAAGAUCGCCAAGUUGCAGUCGCUGUCGGAGGAAAAUUUCACUCUUCUAAAGAAAAAAGAGACUUUGCUGGCACUGCUUCGCAGUCAGGAUGAUGUGAUACGGAGUUUCGAGGCCAAUACACAAAAACUUGAGCAGAAAGAGAAAGAGUUGGAGACGCACAAAGCACACAUGGAGAAAAUGGAGGCCCUUAUCGAAGACAUGGAGAAGAGGCUGAAGGAGGAAGAUGAUGUGGUGAAUCAGUUGGCGGCGGAGAAUGCGGUGCUAAGGCAGGACGCCUCACAGGAUCCGGGCCGCCAUGAAGGUGGUUAGAAUUGUAAAGUGCGCAGCACAUCCCGGCUCGAUUCUGUACUCUUCCACUUACUUUAUUAGUGUAAUAAAUAUUUCUUUAGUAGUUUAUUUCUUA